UGGAGGACUGUCACACACUAUCCUCUGCGGGAUAUUCCUCACACUUGUCCCGUAUUCUGAUGAGCAUUGACUACUCAUGGUGCCUUGCUUUUGGCUCUUCUUUUUUUCCCACUCCAACACUGGAUAAAGGAAUAUUUAGGUGAUAUUUGAAGUGCCAGAUAAAGGAUGACAUUUGGGCGAAUUCUUUAGACACUGCCUGGGUCCGAUACGGAGGACGUGCACAGCGCACAUGCCCUUAUUUCUUUGGAUUACCGCACUCUCUUCUCUUCAAUUCAUCAUCAUGAACCGUGUUGCUAGAUGAUUUUCAACCCUGCGUCCCCUCCUUAAAUGCAGUCGUUCCUUCUAGCGCCCCGAUCCAGAUGAGAGAUCCCCCCGGUGGACCUGAACCGCUUUUACGCAGCCAGUCUCCGGAGCGCAGCCCCGCCGAAGCAAUCGGUGAUCCAUACUGGAUAGGAGCGAAGACACAGUACGUUUACACACCCGCGUUUUGCUCUUCUUCUCCAUCGGAUCCCUCUCGACAGGCUAAAAGGUUACCCAUCCGGAUCGUAAAGAUGUUGACGGCGCACAGCGGCCACUUGCUGCACCCGGAGUAUCUCCAGCCCCUCACAUCCGCGCCAGUCAGCAUUGAACUUGAUGCCAAGAAGAGUCCUUUAGCUCUGCUGGCCCAGACCUGCUCUCAAAUUGGCAAACCAGACCCUCCCUCCUCUUCCAAGCUGGCCUCCAUCUCCUCAGGCAAUCUGGGAGACAAGGAGUCCUCCAGCCGAUCCUCCAAGUCUGGAGAGCAGCACCAGUCCCUGGAGGACAAGUCCAGCUUCAAGCCUUACUCCAAAUCGUCAGGCGGUGACUGUCGCAAGGACGUUCUAGUGACAAAGGGGCCUUCAGAUAAAGCUUUCAGAGUGCCAAACGGAAGCUCCGGCGGUGGCAGUGCUUCGUGUCCAUCAUUUCCUCCCCAUUCCCGGUCACCCAGUUCCAGCUCCCCUCCCCUGCACACUCAGAGCCAGCCCCACAGACAAAGCCAUUCCCCCUCCACGCAGCCACCGCCUCACUCCCAGGCUCAACACAUGGACAGCAAACCAGCGAGCUCAGAGCAGGCCAGCUCAGACAGUAACAACAACAACAACAGCGCUGGCAAAAAAGACUCAGAGGCGGCUAAGUCAGGGAUGGAUGGGGCUCAGUUAGCCAACUCCAGCCACAUACGGGCCAGCUCCAACUCCAGCAACGCCAGCUCUGCCAGCAGCCCGCGGCCGGAGAGCAAGGCCGACCCGCAGGCCUCUUCACAGCCUGGCCUGGGCUCCGGGCACAUUGCCCCCGUCUCUCCUUUUAAACCAGGACAUUCUGUCUUCCCCUUGCCUCCUGCGUCUAUGGGCUACCAUGGCUCCAUUGUGGGGGCCUAUGCUGGCUACCCCUCUCAGUUUGUUCCAGGCUUGGACCAUUCCAAGUCUAGUUUGGGGUUAGGACUUGCAGGAAAGCACCCCAGCUCCUCUCCUCCAUCCCUAAUGCAGGGCUUAUGUCGGGACCCGUACUGUCUGACUUACCCCAACGCACCCCACCUAGGAGGUAGUAACUGCUCCACCUGCGUCCACGAUCCCUCCAGCUUAAAGUCUGGUUUCCCCCUGGUUUACCCCUCACACCAUCUCCACUCCCUUCACCCCAGCUCCUUGUCCUCCAGCACCAACCCCUCCCUUUCCCACCCACUCUACACCUAUGGUUUCAUGCUCCCCAAUGAACCGCUGCCCCACGCCUGUAACUGGGUGUCCGUCGGAGGCCCCUGCGACAAGCGUUUCGCCACAUCAGAGGAACUGCUAGCUCACCUGCGUACCCACACAGCUAUGCCCGGGAUGGUGGAGAGUAAGCUGUUGUCGGCCUACCCGUCAUCGGUUUCAUCAACGGCCUCCUGCCACCUCCACCUGCCCCCACCCAGCAGUCCAGGUAGCCUACCCAGCUCCUUCGCCCUCCGAGGCUCCCCUGGCUUGAGCCUGGCCCGCUACCACCCUUAUAACAAGUCCCACCUGCACGGAGCCCCAGGGCUACACAUGCCAUCCCUACCCUCCUCCUCAGCCUACUACUCCCCCUACGCUCUCUACAGCCAGAGACUGGGCUCAGCCUCAGCCCUCGGAUACCAGUGACAUCUGAAAUAGUGUUGAUGCCCACAGACUGCAGGCACCAGCUUGGACUGUCCAGUGCAGCCCUGAAGAUGGAUUCUUCAGAUUGGGGUCACCACCAGUACAGGGCAUCAUGCCUGCUCCGCCUGCCUGCCAGGAAUACCACCUGUUAGCCUCAGGAUUGUGACUGGCGCUCCGAAGGCAAAAGCCCCUGUGACGGAUUGUCUGCAGCACAGAACCAAGAGACUAUUAAAGACGCCAGGAAGCAGAGCUUGAAAAUGAUGAAAUUGUGGGAUUAUUACAACAGUCUUGAUUUUGUUUUGGUUUUUUUUGUUUUGUUUUUCUCUAUAUCUGUCUCCCAGAACUGAAAGUCUGUAUUUAUUUUUCACUCAAGCGCUUGGUAUUCAACUCUGGGGGGAAAUUUUGCUGUCCAAAUAAAUUGUUCUUAAGUAUUCUAACUGAAAAAGAAUGAUUUAAGUAUAGUACCAUUAUGCCUAUCAUACACUCUAAAAAUAAAAAUCUUGCACCACGAUGAAGAUGGACUAUGAGGCUUUAUUCUGAGGACAUCUUUUUAUCUCCUUUCCUCUCUGCUGUUUUUUUUUUUUUUUGUCUUCAUCUUUUAACUGCUAUCUAUUAAGACUCUGGAGAAUUUGCAUGUCCAUGGGAAUUAUCUUGAACA